AUGAAAAGGACCUUGCCUUCUCAUCUUCCUGAACUUCCCGGACCUGAGUCAGAGACACCUGGUGAGAGACUGCGGGAGGGACAAACACUUCGAGAUUCAAUGCUUAAGUAUCCAGAUAGUCACCAGCCCAGGAUCUUUGGUGGGGUCUUGGAGAGUGAUGCAAGAAAUGAAUCCCUCAAACCAACACUAUACUGGGGCUCCCAGAGACCAUUUCAUAGGUUUGAUGACAUAUGGCCUGUAGACCCCCAUCCUAGAACCAGAGAGGACAAUGAUCUUGAUGCCCAGGUUGCCCAGGAGGGUCUUGGCUCAGUUCUGCAGCCCCAGCCCAAAUCCUAUUUCAAGAGCAUCUCUGUGACCAAGAUCACUAAGCCAGAUGGGGUAGUGGAGGAGCGCAGGACGGUGGUGGACAGUGAGGGCCGGACAGAGACCACAGUAACCCGACAUGAAGCAGAUAGCAGUCCUAGGGGUGAUCCAGAAUCACCAAGACCUCCAGCCCUGGAUGAUGCCUUCUCCAUCCUGGACUUAUUCCUAGGACGUUGGUUCUGGUCCCGGUAGCCUUGUUAACCCUCAGAGGCCUUCAAGCCCUUUCCACCUCCCACCCAUUGCUCACCAUCAAUAAGUUUAGCUUCUCCUCUUGCCACCUCAGGGACUUCGAUAUGUGGAAUAGUGAACUGGGGGGAUGUCAGUUUGUUACUCACCCAGACUGACCAAUAAAACCUUUAUUUAGGC